ACAGCUCCACCUUACCAGCGAGAGGAGGGUUGCAGGCUGGUAGAUGUCGGAACCAUAAGAGCAGACACUACAUUUUGCAAAGUUAUUGACCCCUGAGCUCACCUGGAGUCCAAGGGAAGCCAUGCAGGAUGAAGAGGGAUAUGUCAUCUUAAAUGUUAAAAGUCAAAAACCCGCUCUCACUUCAGUCAACUCGGCUGCCUCCUCUUCCUGGCGUGUGAUGGCUUUGAGUCUGCUGAUUUUCUGCCUGGGGAUGGUUGUUGGGCUGGUGGCUCUGGGAAUUAUGUCUGUCACGCAGCAAAACUACUUACAAGCCGAGAAUGAAAAUCUCUCAGGAACUCUGCGACAACUAGCAAAGAAGUUCUGCCAAGAUUUAAUAAAACAAUCAGGACAAAAGCAGAGCCAUACAUGCAGCCCAUGUGACACAAACUGGAGGUAUUACGGAGACAGUUGCUAUGGUUUCUUCAGGCACAACUUGACAUGGGCAGAGAGCAAGAACUACUGCGCUGACACGAAUGCCACUCUCCUGAAGAUCGCCAGUCAGGACGUCCUGCAAUACAUCACUAGCAGGACUGUAUUGAUUCGUUGGGUUGGAUUGUCCCGCCGGAACUCCAGGGACAUCUGGAUGUGGGAAGAUGGCUCAGUUCCCUCCAAAAAUAUGUUUAAGCUUUCUGGAAGCGAAACGGGAAAUAUGACUUGUGCUUAUUUUCAUAAUGGGAAAAUCCGCCCCACCUUCUGUGAGAACAAGCAUUAUUUUAUGUGUGAGAGGAAGGCAGGUAGGGCCAAGCUGGACCAACUACUCUAAUGCAAAGUGAUGGGCAAUAUGCCACAGGCAAGGGCUUGAUUGGACAAUAAAAGAUCUGGAUGAAGGAAUCACUAGCCACAAAAUUGCUUAUUUUUUCCCUUUAUUCCCCUUGGAGUCAUCUUUACAUUAUCUUUCCGACCAGCACCUCUUACCCCCUUCUUUAUACAGCCCUUUAUGCUAAGGAAUAACUUAGUACCUUCUUAAUACAUCCAGAAGCUGGUCUGUGAGUGGAUCCUCUGUUUCCCAAGUGUUCUGUUUCCGUUAAUUUUCAUUUUUCUUGUCUUCUAUUCCUAAUUAUCUCAACGUACUAUGAUUCACUGCAUGUUUAGACAUAAACACAUACAUUUUACAUUGAAACAAGAAGGUUAGGGCUUAAAUGACUUGAACUGUGCAAAGUAUCUAACUUUGAGACUAUGCAAAAUCCCUAAGCUUGAAAGACAGCAUAAGGUAGCGGAAGGCAUACUAAACUUGGAAUCAGUAGAAUAGUUUAGAUGAUGUGAUUACUAAACUCAAGUACAACCAUGAAGCAGUCAGGUAACCUGUUCCAUUUUCUUAUAUUUAAAAUAAGAUACUACCUGGAGGUGAGGGGUAUAGGUCAAUGGUAAAGUCCAUGCUCAGUGUGCAAGGGGUCCCGGGUUCAAUCCCCAGUGCCUCCACGAAGGGGAGAAAAAUCAAAUAAAAUAGGAUAACACCUGCCUUAUACGCCUCACAGUUCCACAACCUAAAAUGAAGCCUCAGAGUAUUAAUUAUCUCAGAAACUCCGGGAAAGCAAACACCAUGACUUUCCCGUUUUCUAUUCUAUGCCAUCAAACACAGCUCCCUCCUCACAGGAAACGGAAACAUGUUUGCUUCUCAUUGUGUGAGGUAGUUCGUUAGAAAGCACCACAACCAGUGAAACAUUACGCAAGCACAACUUCUAUUCCAGGUCCACCUUUGGUCAGACCCAGGAGCAGUCAUUUUCUGUCCAAGAGAAGG